GCUGGGCCGGCACGCUGUGGCUGACGUCUCAUGCAGCAGCCGACCGCCUGCUGUGCGGAGUUGGCACCAACACCUUUGUUGACUGCCCACAAUGCCUGGAGACCAGUAUGAAUUCAAACGCGAUUGACUUUUGGUGGAACUGGGACUAUGACAUAAGAGUGGACCAUAGCCACCUGCCACCUCAGGUGGUGAGGAAGGCGAAAAAGACAUUCACCCCGAUGAUCUGGGGAACGAAGAUGCCUAAGGACUAUAGCUUCUUUCAUCUGGGAGGCGAGUACAUCAUGGGUUAUAAUGAGCCGGACCAGUACGGCCCUGCCUGCGCUGGGGAGACAACCGCAAGGACCUUCGGCUGUGGUGAGAAGGACUACAGACCAGCGACCAGUGCGGGUUUCGCCUCCCUUUUUGACCCCGUGAAAGCUGCCACGGCCUGGCAGAUUUUGGUGACCAAGCUGGCGAGUGUCGCCAAAGAAAGCGGAGGAUCCGUGCGCAAGAUUGCGGCGCCGGCUAUGGCUCAGGCGGCCCAGCCGGAAGACGACUGCAGCCGAGAUCCGGUGCUACCAAACGCCACAAAGUAUUGCCGUGGCUGGCUGCAGGCCUUCAAAGCCAAAGCUUUGACGCUGCAGUGUACCAGCCUCCAUGGGCGGUUGACGAACUGCUGGGAUGUUAUUGAAGCGCUGCCCAUCCACGCCUAUGGCAGAUCUGCGAAAGAGAUUAAGGACAAGCUCCAUGAGUACCACAAGGUCUUCCUGGAGGAUUUCCAAGGCACCUCCGGCAGGACGAAGAAGACGCUUUGGCUUACCGAGGUGACCAUGGGCACGAACGAGGCCGAGGAUCUCGUUACAUUCGUCGAUGACCUGAUGAACCCGACUACGGGCCUUCAGAAUCGACAGCUUUUUGGAUUUGUGGAGCGCAUCAGCUGGUUCUCCGAAUGGAGCAUGGGCGCGUUCACCCUGGGCUCUUACAAGCCACACAGCUACGAGGCCGAAGAUUUCAUCUUGACGCAUUGUCGAAGUGUGGGCAGGAGAAUGGCUUUGCCCAGGAGCCUCAAGCGUAGAGCGGUAUAG